CCCCGCCACCCGCUGGCCUCAACAUCAACGCUAAGGAGUUCGUCAUGUUGUCACCACAUGGGGACCACACGGGGCCCACAAAGCUUGGUAUCAGGUCCAGUACCACAACAGGUACCACAGCAGGUACCACAGCAGGUACCACAGCGGGUACCACAGCAGGUACCACAGCGGGUACCACAGGGGGUACCACAAUAAAAACGGUCAAAAAUUCCGCACUGAAACACAGCAAAAGUUCAUCCCACGUGACCGUUAACGGCCACAACGGGGGGGCCAUCGCCCCCCACAAGGGGGACGCAACCCCCCUGCUCACCCCCAAGAGAGGGGGCACGACCCUGGUGGGGGGAGGGUGUGGGAAGGAGGGGGCAUCGCCUCCCCUACGAGUUCACUUCCCUGACGAAGGGAUGCUUGCCGACCCUGGCUACAAGGCCGGGAUGACCACCACCACCACCACCCCCAUCAUCACCCCCGCCAUCAAGCGAUCAAAGUCGCUGUCUGCAGCAGACAUGUCCAGGGGCGCCGCCCCUCAGCGCCCCCCUGCAGGAGGCAGCACAUCAGACAGCGCCCUCGCCGCCCUCAAUGACCUCGCGCCCUUCCCUCGUGAAGAUGACCUUGAAAAACUAAAAACCGUGCUGCAGAGACCAGACGGCAGCGGUUCUCGCCUGCACAUGGAGGUCGUUCGCCUGCUGUUCUGCAAGAUCCUGCAGACGACCAGAUACGCUGUACCUGCAGCCAGAUACUGCAUGGCAGUCAUAGAGAGAGAAACUGCAGUGGAGACGUUCUUGGAAACGCUGCUCAAUUCCUGUCAGGAAUACUACCAGGAAAGAGACAAACUGCUGUCUGCCAGCUCAUAUGCUGGCACUGCAGCAACUGCUGGCACUACAGCUGCUGCUGGCACUGCAGCUGCUGCUGGCACUGCAGCGACUGCAGGCUCUGGAACAACUGCUGGCACUGGUGCAGUUGCUGGCACUGCAGCAACUCCUGGCACUGGAACAACUGCUAGCACUGCAAAACCUGCUGGCUCCCAUUUUGGUCCUAUCGAGAGCCUCUUCUUCAUCCUGACGGGAGUUGGGCUUGACAUGGAGUCAUGUCUACCAUCCAUCAUGCCACGUGUCAUGUCUGCAGCUCGGGACGCUCUUCUGAGCUCUAACAUGACAAGCACCAACUUGUCUAACGACCACAAGUCCAGCACUAACGGGCCUAGUGACAACCGAUCUAUAACAACUAGGCCGUACACCAACGGGCCGAGCAUGAACGGGUCUAGCGACAACAAGCCGGGCGGCGACUGGCCUAACAUCAACAAGCCCAGCGCCGUACGGAAGACGUUGCUGCAGCUGAUCGAGAUGAGCGCAGCAAGAUGGCAGCUCCCCGCCCCCGCCGUCAUGUACUACCACCCCGGUGUGGGGGGCGGCCAGUGAAUGGGGGGAUGGGUGACCAGUGAAUGCCGUCCAAUAGUUAACUAAUAACUCAGCUGUUAAAAAAAUAUAUAACUAUGUUAUUAGUUAACGAAGGUAUUGAGGCUCUCAGAUUAUUAUGGCUCAAGGUUAUUACUUUUGCUACCAUAAAAAACUUCGCCAAAAAUAUGUUUUUUUAUAGCAGCGGCUUUUUAUUAUUUUAUCUGAAUACAGGGUGUGCAGUGAAAAAUUUUAUUAAUUUUUUAAUGUGUGAACUUUUAAAUUCGUAAGCAUAACGAAAGUCCAUCACUUCUCUGUGCUGUAAUGCAAAGACAGGUUACGAACAGUUAUAAGAAAAUCGUACAAACUAUUAAUUUAUGCGCCCGUAAAGUAAUGAAUCAAAUCUCCGCCACUUAGGUAGGAAUAACUUUGUCAACAUCAAAUGACGGAGAUGAUGUGUCUGUGACGGUUAAUUCUAUAAAUUAAAUCUAACAAAAUUUGUAAUACUGUUAACUACUAGCCGUGGCCGUGCUCACGGUAGUUCCGGCGUGGACUAUGACCAGAUUAUUGAAGGAGUUAAGCACGAGGUGAAGUACGGUAUUUAUAAAGACAGAUAUUGGGGCUAUGUUGGCCGCUGUUUGUUGAUACAAAGUAUCAGUUAAGUAUCAUCAAUACUCAACUGAUGCUUUGUAUCAGUUCAGUAUCAGUAAUGUCGCACCUCAUUAAUAAUUGUACAAAUGUCGCCAGUUUCACUUCGCAGAAGAUUUUGUUUUCUUUUAGUGCGCACAUAAAGCGCGUGAAAUUUUUCUACGCGGAACAAUAUGUGCGUAAGUUGUAGUUUCGGUUACCUUCUAGGUUGAUAAAAUCUAUUUAUUUAUUGUUAUUCGUAGUGACGUAUUAGUGUAGAUGAACGGGCCUCUUAAAUAUCCUUAAAUAAUAUUUAUUGUCUGUUAGUUGUAUACUUUCUUGUCUCGAGAAACUCUGACGUCCAUUAAACUUUUGGGACCUUU